AUGGCCAGAAAGACCCCUUUGCAUUGAAAAAGACAGAGUUGAUUAUGUACUGCUACAUGGACUGAAAUGCUCUAAAUCAAAGUUUCCUAAGUGAGUUAUUUAAUACCCAAUGUGUGAGGAUAAAGAACUCUUUUUUUUUCGGUUCCCCAAGCAUGAUAAUCUUCUUCUGUGACCUGCAAUUAGCAAAGACUGUUCACAGACCCAGUGAUUUGCUCAUUAAUUGCCCUCUGGCUGUGGUAGUUCAUAGCCAGUGCUGGAGAGUCAGGAAAGAGCACUAUUGUAAAGCAAAUGAAGAUCAUCCAUAAACAUGGUUUCACCCACGAGGAACGCAUGGAGUUCAGACCUGUCGUUUACAGUAACACAGUGCAGUCUAUCCUGUCUAUCGUGAAAGCAAUGACUAAGUUAGGAAUCAGUUACGAAAACCCAGCUAGACUUGAAGAUGAAAGGAAGCUGUGUACCAUAGCAACAACUCUGGAGGAUGGCGACAUGUCUUCUGAGUUGGUUGAACUCAUCAGACAGCUGUGGAGUGAUGGUGGGAUCCAGGCCUGCUUCGCAAGGGCAGCGGAGUACCAGCUCAAUGACUCGGCAGCCUAUUACCUCAAUGACUUGGACAGGUUAGCAAUGCCGGACUAUGUGCCUAGUGAGCAAGAUGUUUUGCACUCCCGAGUGAAAACAACUGGGAUUAUAGAGACUCAGUUUUCUUUCAAGGAUUUGAACUUCAGGAUGUUUGAUGUGGGUGGACAACGAUCGGAGAGAAAAAAGUGGAUUCAUUGCUUUGAGGGAGUUACUUGCAUCAUAUUCUGCGCUGCACUCAGUGCCUAUGACAUGGUUUUGGUGGAAGAUAAAGAAGUGAACAGAAUGCAUGAGAGCCUUCAGCUGUUCAACAGCAUCUGCAACCACAAGUGCUUCGCAGCCACUUCCAUUGUGCUGUUUCUAAACAAAAAAGACCUCUUUCAAGAGAAAAUAGUGAAAGUUCAUCUGAGUAUCUGCUUCCCUGAGUAUGACGGACUAAAUACAUUCGAAGAUGCUGGAAACUACAUCAAGAAACAAUUUCUAGACCUGAACAUACGGAAAGAAGAUAAAGAGAUAUAUUCUCACAUGACAUGUGCCACGGACACCCAAAAUGUCAAGUUUGUGUUUGAUGCAGUCACAGACAUAAUAAUCAAAGAAAAUCUGAAAGACUGUGGGCUUUACUAGCCAUUCAUUCCCUUGCUUAUAGCCUGACUUCAUCUCAGUCCACUUUCCUUUCUUCAUCGUAUGUGCUGACCGAAAUAAAACAUUCUAGGGAAGAAACAAUAUCAAUUAAGCUUUUGUUAGCUGUCAGUUGAAGACUUGGGUAUAGCCUGAUCAUUGCAAUCAACACUGACUUUCUGUAUCUCGUAAGACUUAAAAAAUGUUUCUGCUCCACAGAGGUCCUAGCCACUGAUAAAUCCUGCUGGAAUCAAAGGGAAAUUCAUAUGUUAACCAAUAUGAUCUUUAAGGAAUCAACACUUCUCAGGAAAUGGCAGAUACUUCAGUAUCCUGUAUUUUCUAGUGAUGGGAGAAGAAAGAUAAUAUAUAAGAGAAACUUUACUUUUAUUUACAUUUGAAACCUUAAGAGAGCUAUAGCAUUAAACAGUAUCAGUGCACCAUUUCCAUUCAGUACUCUUCUGUUUUCAUGUUACAUACACAACUAAAAAUUACAUACCAUUAAUUCCACAAAGGCAACCCCCCCCAAACUUAACUGGUGUACAACAAAGAGCAGUGCAAAUCUGAAUGUUUAAUCAUACUGUUUUGUUAGAAGAGCUGAGAAACAUGUACAUAAAAUCUGCACAUGGGUAAAGCUGACAAAGGGUGUUACCCAGUUUGCAGAAAAGAAAACACAGUAAGAUGUAGGCAAGUUAUCUGAUUCCUUAAGGGAAAAACGUGUCAUAGUAACCAUCAUUUCCUGCACAGGCCAUAAAGGCAAGUUGAAACAUUAUUUUUUAACAAGUAAAGGUAAUACUUUUUUGUUUUGAUAAUAAUUAACAGCCUUGUUACUGGACAGCUUCUCCAGUGCCCUAUGACUGCAACAGUGAUUUCUACCAGGCAGAGAAGGUAUAAACCCAACAGUCCUCAUGGCAAAAACACGUUGUUGGGCCCAAAUGGCUCCUAGAGCAAGGGGUAAGCAGCCAUCAACAGCUACAUCAUGAUCCUCCCAGCAAAGAGGAGAAUAAAACCCUACCAUGAAUGUUAUAUUUCUCCCACCAAGUAUCUCAGGAGGACAACUUGCUGUCACAUCUCUUCUCUAAGACAAAAACCACCAGCAUUAACAGCUAGAGGAGCAGUGGAGAGGUAAAUGUAGCACCAGAGAAAAUGCAUUAGAGACUUGGAGGGAGGUUUUAUUACAACUUUUAACUAUAAUAUUUUUAAUUAUAUAUAUUUUUUUAAUCUGGUAUUUAAACUGCAUUUAAACUAACUAAUGUCAACUGUUUUCUGUAUUUUGGUUAUGCAGUCAAAUCUUUAAAUUACAUAAAAAAUUAAAUUUUGGCUUCUGGUACAAGAAGCCUAUAAUCAUAUUUGCCUAUAAUAAGAUGCUUAAGAACAGCAU